GCUGUUCUUGGCUCCAGACAGCCUUGCGCCCAUCUUACCCUGAUUCAUCAUAUUUUACAUAGCUGCAUGAUGUGGCACUUGAUGCAGAUUGCGCUGUUGGUAGUCGUGCAGUCGGAGCAGACCGAGCAGACAUGCGAGGGCCCCCAGGCAAGCAGUGCAGUGCUGCUUCAGGCGUCCACCAAUCGCACGAACAUAGCAUCUGAGCAGCAAGUCGCGUCUCGCAUCCAGCAAGACUUGGAGGACAUCCAGGCCUCCCUGCUGGAGAGAUCCCACGAAGGUGUACAUGAGGUUGUUGAGCAGGAGUUGGAAGAUGCAGUCCAGGGCAAGAACAGCCGGCGUCGCCGUAGCCGUCGCCGGACCACCACUACCACGACUACUGUGGACUGUGGCUCCAGCGUUGAGUAUGUGUCCAUUGCCUGGCAAGUGGCUUCGGGCUUCUGCCUGGAGGGCUCGAACAGCGGCGGAGCCACCUACUUGGACACGAGCUCGUGCUCCUCCAUCACCAACGGCCGAGACAAGUUCUCCUUUGUGGACCAGGGCGAUGGUUACUGCAAGCUGCAGUCAGAGUACGCCACCCGCCGCCGCAGUGCCAAGGGCAAGUCUGUGACCUGCGCCACCAACUCGAAAGCCGUUGUUUUCUGCGCUGCCCAGGGCUCCCAGAGCUACACCAAGUUCAAGCUGGAAGAUCUGGGAAGCAAUCGGUUUUCAAUGUACUGGUACGACAGCUCCGGAAACUCCGCCAUUGCUAAGCGGAAUGCUUAUGGAAUUCGGAUUCAGGACUACUCCAGUUCCGAUGAGCCGAAGUUCAAGGUCUACAAAAAUGCGGUCUAUAGCAACACUUGCUUGCUCACCAAGAACGAUCUUGGCCUCACCUGCUGGAAAUGAGUUGGUGCUGAAUGGCUGGGCGUGUUUUAGCCUCGCCUCCGGCUUUGGGAUCUGGCAAGGGAUCUGUAUUUCAAAGCUCACCAGCUGCGUGGGAGCUGGAAUGUGCCGGCCUGCUCGCAAAAUUCUUUGCUUGCGCUUGUAGAGAGAAGGCAGAGAGGUGUGCGUAGUUUAGCUCACGUGGCGCACUUUUGUCUCAGGCAUGACGGACAACGCCCUCAGAGGCAUGAUCAAGGCCUUUUACGCUGGGAGUCAAGCAUCAGCUUGCGAAGCUAACACCAGGCCAGUGCGCCGGCAAGCCGCGAGGAAUUAAAAUCUGCAGUGUUUCAGAUGCUCGACACCAACGGAGAUGGCUACCUAGGUCAAGAAGAGCUGUGGCCCUUUGUGCUGCAGACGGGCUUCGAUGGUAGUCGAGACGAGUGGAGCGAGGACUUUGCACUGCUUUGUGACGACUACCAUUGUGAUCCGAGCAGAGGUCUUCCGUAUGCGGACUUUUGCUCUUUGGUGGACGUCGAGUCUGACACAACUUGCUACUGCACAGAGAACGAGCUGAAGGGUAUGCUCUGGAAGGGCGUGCAGGAGCUGGGGAAAAGAGGCACAGGAGAUGUCCAGAGGAAGGAUGGGAAGGGCCAGGGCAACGUGAAGGGGAAGGCCAAGGUCAAGGGCCAUGAGAGAGAACGAGGCAAAGGCAAUGCAAAGGGCGACAAAGGCAAGGAGAAGGGCAAAGGAAAAAGCAAAGAGGGCAAAGGACAUGCCACAGAGGAAGAGCAAGCAAAGGAUGACCCAUGGGGAGGCACCGACCCAUGGUCAACGCCAGCAGCUUUGCGGCACAAGGAGAAAAUGAAGCAGCCAAAGGCUGAGGAUGAGACCUGGAACCAGUGGCGGGACUCGGGCAAGCCAGGUGUUGGUCAUGAUCCUGCCAAACCGGCAGUGGAUAUGAAGAAGUUGUUGGAGGCCGCACGGGCAAAGCGCGAGGCCAAGGCCCUGGAAGAAGCUCAAGCCAGCCGUGUCAAGCUUGCAGAGGCAGAAGCACCUGAAGAAGUGCCCGAAGUGCCUGACAUGCCUGACGUACCUGAAGUGCCCGAAGCGCCUGCAGUGCCCGAAUCAUCGAAGGAAGGAAGGAGGUUGACAGAGGUCCGACCUCCUGUGCCCCCCGUGCCUCAAGAGGAGGACGAAGAGGCCUUCUGGGCACCAAAGAUGGAAGAUGGCUUGUGGUCCGCAACACCACAGCGCAAGGCCUUGUCCCAGAACGAUGCUCUGGCAGGCGUGGGUACCGCCAUCGCCAAACUCGCCAUGGGAGACAACGAUGCGGUGCAGGAGCUGGUGCAGCACGUAGGUGGCGCCCCUUGCGUCGCCCAUGCUGCCGCAGUGGCCAGCAGCGCACUGCGGUCGCUGCUGCUGAACCGGCCCGAGGAGGCCCGCACGCUGCUGGUGCUGGACGAGGUGCUGCUGCUGCCCGUGGAAGGCGACGCCACGCUGCUGAAGGCGUUGCAGCGCCUGGCCUUGAGUGUGGGCAGUGCUGGAGCACCCUUGCUGCUGCGGACGCUGGUGGCCGCCCUGUCCAAAGUCGAGGACCGCCACUUGGAGGUGCGCUCAGCUGCAGCUGCGGCCACGGAAGCCCUUGUGAAAGGCGCAGACCCCUUUGCCUUCGAGGCCUUGCUGCCGGCGCUGGCUGCGGCCAUGGAGCCGCGGCGCAGCCCCGCCAUGAAGCUGCAUGCCUUGAAGCUGUUGAAGAACUGCUGGCGGCGUGGCAAGGACGGUGAGGCAGCAGUCGUGGAGAAAUUGCCAGAGCUGUUGCCAAUCACCACAGCCUUGUUGGUGGACACCAGCAAAGAGGUGAGCUCGUUGGCCUCAGAGUCCUCGGACGUGCUCAUGUCCCUCUCGGGGAACUUGGACCUGGAGCCCCACAUGGAGGAGAUCAUGAGCUGCGCCAAGGGCAAGCACGACGUCUCCAAGUGCGUGCGGGACCUCGCAGAGGUGGUCUUUGUUCGCCGCGUCACGGCACCGGCACUGGCUGUGGUGCUGCCAGUGCUUAGUAAGGGCCUGAAGAGCCGAAAUGCGCGGACGCAGCGGCAGGCAUGCAUCAUUGCUGAGAACAUGGGCCGCCUGGUCUCGGCCACGGCAGACCUCCGUCCUUUCGCACCUUCGCUGCUGCCACAGCUGAAGCGCAUCAGUGAGGAGGUUGCAGACCCAGAUGUUCGAGCUGUGGCAGAGCGAGCAUACACCUUCUUCUCGGAAGUGACUGACGCCGACCGAAGUGGUGCAGUACGAAAGGAGCUCCGGGCCAUCCUUGAAAUGGCCGUGACGGAAGCAGAGGUGGCGCUCGCAGGUGCUGUCGGAGGUGGCCGCGACAUCGAAAUGACGCCGUGCCCGAGCUUUGUGCGUGAUAUAGUGCUGGACCAUGUGGUGCUGCUUUGUCUUGGCCUCGGACGCUCCUCCUCCAGUGCCUGGCGGAACCGCUUGGCCCCGCUGCUGGAGAGUGCGCUGCCAGGAGGUGCCCACGACAUCAAAGCUCUGGUCACCAGCCUGCGCACCGUGGCUGAGCGACUCGCGUGCACGCCUGACGAUCCAGAGCACUUGUCCUCAGAUUCCGAAGAGGAAAGGCUGCCGCUGCUUUGCGACUGCACCUUCACCUUGGCUUGCGGGGCUGCAACCCUGCUGACUGAUGCCAGGCUCCAGCUGAGGCGAGGCUGUGUCUAUGGCCUGGUGGGCGGCAAUGAUAGUGGAAAGAGCACGCUGCUGCGCGCCAUUCAUGACCGCCGCGUGACUGGCUUCCCCCCUGCCUCGGAGCUCCGCACGUCCCUCGUGGAGCACGGCGUAGGAGAACGAGCACCUGAUUGCGAUAUGUCUGCGCUGGACUUCUUGAUGGCCGAUCCAGCAAUAUGCACACUUCGCCAGCAGCACGAGGUGGUGGCAGAGUUGAAGCGCAUGGGCUUUGAAGAGGGCGCAAGGAUGCAUCAGCCCAUCAGAACGCUGAGUGGGGGCUGGCGUAUGAAGAUGGCCUUGACACGGGCAGUGCUGCAGGCUGCGCACGUUGUGCUGUUGGACGAGCCGACGGGACAUUUGGAUGUCACGCACAUUUCCUGGUUGGUGGACUAUGUGAAUCAAUUGCAGGAUGAUCCAGCGAGAAUGGUGACUGUUGUGGUAGUGUCGCAUGACGCACCAUUCCUUGACAAGGUCUGCUCACACAUCAUUCACGUCAAUGGGAACAAGCUGCAGAUGCAUCGGGGCAACUUCUCCACCUUCCUGGCACGAGUGCCAGACGCCCAGCUGGGCUCCAGGGAGGAGGCUCAGACCUGCACUGCUUUUGUCUUGCCGGAGCCAGGGCAGUUGGAAGGCGUCCGUUCCAAGAGCAAGCGCUUCCUGUAUUUAGAGGAUGUGGUCUUCACCUACCCGGAGGGUACCGCGCCAGCCGCGAAGGCUGCAACUGUGGAAUGUUCGCUCAGGAGCCGCGUGGCCAUCAUGGGUCCCAACGGCGCGGGCAAGUCCACAGUGGCGGGCCUUGUCGUGGGUGAACUGUCGCCCGAUGCAGGCUUUGCGUGGCGGCAUCCGAACCUGAGAAUGGCUUAUGUCGCGCAGCACGCCUUCCAUCACCUAGAGGAGCAUUUGCAGCUCACCGCAGUGGAGUACAUUCUCUGGCGAUUCCAAGGAGAUGAAGAUCGAGAGGCUCUUGCCAAAAAGGCGGAAGAGGAAGAAUGCGAAGAGCCCAAAGUGUUCCGCCUGGUGGAGGAUCGCCUGGUGCUCUGCGAUGCGGGGCAUCCGCAGGCCUUGGAGCCAGAGAUGAUUGUUGACAGGCGUCAGCGAGGGCGCCUGGGCUACGAGUACGAGAUGCGCUGGCGUGGCAGGUCCGCAACGACAUGGAUGUCGCGAUCACAGGUAGUCGCCAUGGGCUGCUUGGGCAUGGUCAAGCGCGAGGAUGAGCGCCAAGCUGCACAGCGCAGCCUCAGUGGGCGACCACUCACAAGCCCGGCGGUGGAGGCACACCUGGCUGGAUUUGGGCUGUCCAAGGAGGAGGCAUGCCAUCGUCGCUUGGGAGCUCUCUCCAGUGGCCAGCGCGCACGAGCUGUGCUUGCAGCCUCAACUUGGCUGGCUCCGCACCUCCUGGUGCUUGACGAGCCGACGAAUUACCUUGACCAGCCCUCUUUGGCUGCGUUAGCCGCCGGCUUGAAGGUGUUUGGUGGUGGCGUGCUGGUGAUCUCUCACACCGCCUCUUUCGUAGAUGAGGUCUGUACAGAGCGCUGGAUGAUGCAAGGUGGCCGGCUGCGUCGUGAGGGCGCGCCGGUGCAUGACGACGAGGAGGGCAGACCAACGCCAUUUUCUGCGCCAUCUUCCGUGUCGCUUGCGGCCGCGGCAGCCAAAGAAUCCAAGGAGAAAAAGAAGAUGAAGAGACUCAAGGAGCUCCGGAGAAAAUUAGGUCAGGAAGUCAGUGACGAUGAAGAUGAAUGGUACCAGGACUUGGUCAAGAAGGUGAACGCAAAGCCGAAGUAGGGCCUGGGCAUCAAGCUCUGACUGCCUCAGCACAUCGAACUCUGCCUGUUUCCCUUGUUCCCCUGCGCUUGCCGCAGUGCCUCCGUUCAGCCGCCUUGGACACGGUGAGCCUACGGCCGGUUGGGGCGAUGGAGCUUGUGUUUGUGUGUGUGUGUG